CACCCCGCCUCCACCGCGACAACCACAAGUCACUAUCCAAGGCGCUGAUCCAGAGGCCAAGGACGAUCGCUAUCGGGUUUGUCACCGGGUGAAUAUACAAGCCAAGGGAGAAGCCUACCUCUGAGGUGAUAAUGGUUGCUGGAGGAGUUCUGAGCGCCUUCCGGAGUGUGCUACGGCCGUCACAUCAGAGGCUCAGGAUGAUCACUACCACGGCCUGUGCCAGCCAGCGGUCCCUGGCUGGCAAAGUGGCGAUUGUCACGGCUUCCACUGAUGGAAUUGGUCUUGCAAUAGCUCGUCGUCUUGGAGAGGAUGGAGCCCAUGUGGUGGUUAGCAGCAGGAAACAGGCAAAUGUAGAUAAAGCUGUUGCUGAACUAGAGGGAAUAGGGUGCUCAGUGGCCGGUAUACCAUGCCAUGUUGCAAAAGCAGAUGAUAGAGAGACACUCAUAUCUAAGACAGUUGAAAAGUUUGGUGGUAUUGAUAUCCUGGUUUCAAAUGCAGCCGUAAAUCCUGCAGUUGGAGGAGUCCUUGAUUGCCCAGAACCAGUAUGGGACAAAAUCUUUGAAGUGAACGUCAAAAAUGCUCUUCAGUUGUCGCAGUUGGUUGUCCCUCACAUGCAAAAACGGCAAGGAGGGGCUAUUGUUUAUGUGUCAUCUAUUGCAGGUUUCCAUCCCAUGAGUUUGCUUGGAGCAUACAGUGUAAGCAAAACUGCUCUUUUGGGACUGACAAAGGCUGUUGCUCUGCAGGUUGCAUCAGACAAUAUACGUGUCAAUUGUGUAGCGCCAGGAAUUGUCAAAACUAAAUUUUCAUCAGCGUUGGUUGACAACCCUGCAGUACUUGAAAAAGUAACAGAACAAGUGCCUUUAGGAAGAAUUGCUGAGCCCCAUGAGAUGGCUGGAGUGGUGUCCUUCUUGUGUAGCGAUGAUGCAUCCUACAUAACAGGAGAGACCUAUAUUGCUGCUGGUGGGAUGCCAUCAAGGCUGUAACUAUCCCAAUGAGGUGCACAGUAUUUUGAAAAUGUUAUUAAUCACAGGUUUUUUGUUACCUAAUUGUAUCAUUAGUUAUCAUGGCACUUUGUUUUUAUUUAAAAUAAAAAGUCUAACAAAUCUGUAUUUUAGAAAGUUCUAUUUUUUAAAAGUAAUGCUGUAAAAUAAAACAAACUGUAAAUAUA